UGAUCGGUGUUCAAGAAUUUGACGUGUCUCUAGUAAAUGAGAAUGGCAUUGAUCCAAAGGACUUAAUGGAGUAUUAUGCAAAAAAUAAUAAAUCAAUCAAGGGCUAUACCAAAGCCACCGAAAAAGAGGGCAGUUUGUUGGGUGAAAAAUGCGAUAUACUAAUGCCUUGCUCUACGCAAAAGGUUCUCACUGUCGAAAAUGCUAACAGUGUACAAGCCAAGAUGAUUUUAGAAGGCGCUAAUGGUCCUUCGACGCCAGCUGCCGAUGAAAUAUUACGUAAAAAGAAUGUACUCAUUAUACCGGAUUUGUUUUGCAAUGCUGGCGGUGUAACGGUAUCCUACUUUGAGUACUUAAAGAAUAUCAAUCAUGUAUCUUAUGGCAAAAUGAAUGUUAAACGCGAGAAAGCCAUAAUCAACGAGAUCUUUAACUCCAUGAAUGAGUGCGAGGAUAAGUUCAAGCCAAACAAAAAGUUAAAGCUCAUAAGAGACUGUACGAAGGAGGCGGAUAUUGUAGACGCAGGACUACAAACAGUUAUGGAAACUGCGGGGGCAGGCAUUAAGAUUGUGGCCAAUGAAUUCGGUCUCUGCAAUGAUUUACGCACCGCUGCCUUUAUUUACUCGAUUUCUAAGAUUUUCCGAGCCUUAGAAAUGGAGGGCAUUUCUCAACAAUAAUUACAGAAUGCGUCUGAAGUCGCUUGGCGAUUAUUUAUUUUUACAAAUUUUACAUUUAUAUAUUUAUAAGAUCCAAAGUGUUAUAUCCUUUUGUAUAUUUUUCUUAAAUUUUUAAAUAAAUAUUUCUUUACAAAAACACAAACAGAAUGGCUUCUUGACAGCAACAGUUUAACAAUUAAAAAAAAAAAACCCCUACCCACUUACUACGCCAAUUUUGGUGGCAUUCACCACUGCAAUGAUUUACGCACCGCCGCCUUUAUUUACUCGAUUUCGAAGAUUUUCCGAGCAUUAGAAUUGGAGGGCAUUUCUCAGCAAUAAUUGCAGAAUGCGUCUGAAGUCGCUAGGCGAUUGUUUAUUUUUACACAUUUUACAUUUAUAUAUUUAUAAGAUCCAAAGUGUAAUAUCCUUUUGUAUAUUUUUCUUCAAUUUUUAAAUAAAUAUUUCUUUACACAAACACAAACAAAAUGGCUUC